AUGGGCGUAAAGACAAUGGAAGCUCAUGCUAGAUAUCUUGGGUUACCGGCUAUGUUUGGAAGAUCAAAGAAGGUCGUCUUUGCUCAAGUGAUCGACAAAGUUUGGAAGAAGGUCAAGGGCUGGAAGGAGAAAGUGCUAUCUAGGGAAGGAAAAAAGGUGUUGAUAAAGUCGGUGGCACAAGAAAUACCAACUUAUGUUAUGGGGUGCUUCAGACUUCCUAAUGAUUGUUGCAAAGAGAUAGAGGCUUUGUUAGCAAGAUUUUGGUGGGGCUCUUCUAAGAAGGAAAAGAGGAUCGAUUGGAGACUGAUGACUGGGAGUUCCUCUUUGCUUGAGCGUGUUUUUAAAACUCAUUAUUAUCCUAGAACUUCUAUUAGUGAAGACAAGCUGGGAUACACCUCUAGAUAUGCCUGA